CAAGCGGACCUGGGUGAAGCAGGUGCGGAGAAACAGAGGGCGUAUUCCUUGAGCUCCACCCGGAGCGGACCGGCAGGAACGACUGGGAGGACUGCCGGUCCUCCAAGCUGAUAGAGCGGUGCAAGUGAAAUCCAUUAAAGAGGGAAAGCAGGUGUUUUUAAACUGGUGGCUGAUCGCCAUACAACAAACAAGCGGAGGUAGAAGAUUGUGUCUCUCUUCUUUUAAAAGAAAGAGAGCAACUAACGUGUGGAGGAGGCUCUUCUCAAUUCGGACUGGGUAGAAUCACCGGUGUAACCCGCAGAGAGCAAGAAUCAGAAGCGGACCGGGUUGGAAAGCUGCUCCCGAGCCGGCAAGGCGGACCAAGUUAAGAGUUAAGCUUGUGGGGAGAAGGCGGGCCAGUUCGAGGCGGCAGUUCAUUUCCCGAAACUGACUCCGAAGGGGAAACCAGUACCUCCUCCACACAAGACACACACUCCACGUGGUUCCUCAAGGGGCACAGUCGCCCCACGGAUCCAGAAGUCGUCGUCCCUUCCUCCCUCACCGGGGGGGUUGGGGGGGAAUCUUCCCGAGUCUUGGUGAAGGGAGUCGUUCUAGCACCAACUUGACUGACAUCCGGCAAGCACUGUCAACGGAGUGAGAUCGCCGAGUGUGGGAGGGGGAGAGCGAAAGCGGACCCAAUAGAGGCGGCUCCCUCGGCCCCGCCCCGCCCCGCCCCUCCCACGACAAAAGCGGAGCGGACUGGAGUAACGAGGUUCCGCGCGCCGCCGGUUUGAAUCCCAACGGUCGCCCGCAGCGAUGGUGUCCUGGCUCCUCUCCAGGCUGGUGGUGCUUGCGUUUGGUACUUUGUAUCCUGCAUACUCAUCUUAUAAAGCCGUCAAGACCAAAAAUGUGAAGGAAUAUGUCCGAUGGAUGAUGUACUGGAUUGUGUUUGCAAUCUUCACAACAGUAGAAACUUUCACAGACAUAUUUAUUUCUUGGUUUCCAUUCUACUAUGAAAUAAAAGUUGCAUUUGUGGUCUGGCUUUUAUCCCCAUACACGAAGGGUGCCAGUAUGAUUUACAGGAAGUUUGUUCAUCCUACCCUUUCUUCAAAAGAGACGGAUAUAGAUUGCUACAUCAUGCAAGCCAAAGAGCGUAGCUAUGAAACCAUGGUAAAUUUUGGAAGGAAAGGGCUGAAUAUGGCUGCAACUGCUGCUGUCAGUGCUGCUGCAAAGAGUCAGGGAGCUCUUGCUGGACGACUAAGGAGUUUCAGUAUGCAGGAUUUAACAACCAUCCCAGUCGAUGAACCAACACAUUACAGAGAUCCUCUUUAUUCUGAGGAUGAGCGAAUGGAAAGGGAUCCCAUCUUGGUAUCAAGAGGAGAGUAUUCCAAAAGAUCUCUAGACACUGCACUAAAACACCAAUAUGCAGAGAGUGACUCGCAAGAUGACGACAAAUCCGAUGGAGAGGCAGAAAGCCAAAGGUGUUCAAUACGCCGUCAACAGUUGAGUUCCAAAUCAAUAAGACGAGGGCAGGUGACGAGAAAGAAAGGACAAGGCAAAGUGGGUAUGAUAAAACAAGUAAAGUCGGGGUCAAAGAAGAAGAUGGUGCAGUCUAAUGUUGACUCUUUAUAAAUAUCAGAAAAAGUAAUGUGACAUUCAGGACAAGCAGUAAACUGCACAAACCAUGGGUAAAAGUCCCCACUGGUGUUUUUAAAUUACUGGCAACUUUGAAAUAGCCAGAUCUUAUUGUGUGAUUUGUUUAUUGUCAAAGUUAGCCCUUUCAAGGGUUAACUGCUUUAAAGACGGUGGCAAAGACUGGACCAUAAUUAAGGAUGCAAAACUGUCAUCAAACUGUGUGUUGGAGAACUAGUUUGUAACUAAAUUGAAAGCAGUGAAUAAAUAGGCACUGUGUGUGUGUGUUUGUGAAAAUUCCUGUAUUUCCAUCUUUUGGUGGAUGAAACUUUUCUGGUGGAUGUUACCUUCAUGACAUAAAUCUACUAUGUAUGUGGCUUGUUCCUAGAUUGGCAGGACAGCAAGUCACUAGAAUGAGCAUGUGUUGAUUGCAAUCCACAAUGUUGAACACUGUAUUUUACAGUACUCGCAUUUUUAAUUUAACUGCAGUUGAGAACACCUCAAUUGGUGUUAACACAACCAACUGGUAAGUUUUCUCAGGUACAAUCUUGAUGGCUCUCAGUGCUUAUGGGAUAAACUCGCUACUUAAAUUAAAACUUUUUUGGCACAUAAGUAUUGGAAAUGUAAACACUGCAGAAUCAAAAUGAAAGGUCUGCUUUUCAGUUUCCAUGUUUGUACAAGAGGAUGUAAUGCGUUGUUGAGUUCAGAAGUAAUGAUGUCAGCAGAGCGGAGUCUGGAGUGUGGUACUACAGAAAAACUAAAGUCUUAAGAAAAUGAAAGGUGGGUGUUUAUUACAGCAGUGAUCUGUGAAAAGGGCUGAACAUUGUGUCUUUUAUGCAAGGAGGUCAGACAGUUCAUCAGUGCCCUGAGACCUCUUUCUGGUUCAAACCCCCUGCCAAAGGAAAUCCUUGUGACCCAUUGCAGCUCAUUUUCAGUAAUUGUUGGUGUCUGUUUGAAUACUUUGAGUCAUUCAGUUUGUCAGCAACUUCCAUUUGUACUCUUGCAAUUUGUAAUCAAAGAAGAACCCAUGAAACAGGAUAGAAAUGCCACAUCAGAAGCUUGAGCAGAUAAUCGGGCUCCAAUCUAAAUGCUGUUUAAAGUAGCAUCUGUUUUUUUGUCAGAUAUUUGAAUCUUUCCUCAUAACUAUUGAUAUUGUUAGGCACCUAGGAUCAAAUCUCAAUAGAAAUUCUUUAGAUCCAAUCGGUGACAAAACAGUAAUCACAACCAGUAAUUUUAAAUUGUUUCCAAGCCAGGUAACUUGUAUCUAAAUAAUUUUAAAUGUCUAUGCAUAUUUCUAAAUGUCUAUAUAUUAAAAUGUAUAUUUUCUUUAUUUUUCAACUGUUGUACUACUGAAAAAUAAAUAUGACUACCCUAACCCCCUUUCCACUAAGUCUGAUGUUAUUGGUGCUACAAUACAAUACAAUGUUUCCCUACAUUGUCCUACAUUGCAGUGUAGUUCGUAUGAUAACAAGUGUUAAUGCUCAAGUGAUGGAUAAAAACCUCGUGAUAAAUCAUUAAGUCCUUUUUGGAUAUUUGAGUAGGUAAGUAGUGCCGCUGAAGUACUGCCAUGAAGACUGGGAAUAACUCAGCAGGCUGCCUGUUUAAUAUCUCGUGCUUUUGUUACAAAUUGGUGUGGUUCAAUAAUAUAUUAAUGUACAGUACAGAAGAGGAGUAAAGCACAAUGGAUUUCCCAGCACAAUGUCUGGAAUGAAAUGUGUUGGACAGUCAUUUUUUUUGACACUCUCAAUUGAGUUGAAUUGCUAUUGAAACUUUGAAGAUUAUGGAGAGAAGCAGGAUUCAUUUAAACUAUACGUUUUUAUGAUAGCAAGUGUGAAGCUCCCCUUGAUCAAAUUGUGUACUUGACAUCACAAGGGAGUAAGUGUGUCACUUAGAAUCCUGCAAUGUAUUCAUUCUUGAUAAUCCUGUCUCUUCUAUUUUGUUAUUAUACGAUACCCAUUGUUUCUUAAUCCUUUACUGAGUGGCCUUUUAAAUCUUGUUUUCAGAAUAAAAGUUGUUGGCUUUUUA